GUCUUAUUAAUGGAAAAAGAACCAGACAUUGUGAAAAUGCUGUACGAUUUGAAUGUUUUAAUUUCUUCCUCAGUUGCCCGUGGUGACAUGUUUGAUGUGCCUGAGGAUGAUCUGACCUCUUCGGUGUCACCGGCAGAAGAAUCAAAUGUGACAGCCACCACCGCUCCGCUCCGAACCACCACAAGUUCCCCUCCUAUGUCUCCUACAGUUCCACCUGAUCCAGAAGCUGUCACCUGUAGCGGCCGCACCUUUGAUGCCUUCAUGCAGCUGAAAAAUGGUUCAAUCUAUGCUUUCAGAGGGGACUAUUUCUUUGAGUUAGAUGACAAAUCUGUCAUGCCUGGGUAUCCCAAACUCAUCAAGGAUGUGUGGGGCAUCUCCGGUCCCAUUGAUGCUGCUUUCACACGCAUCAACUGCCAGGGAAAAACAUAUAUAUUCAAGGGGACCAGUACUACCAGUAUGUGUACAAACACCAGCCUUCCCAUGAAGAAUGUGACCGCAUGACCAAAUCCUCACCCUCUGUUGCCUUCACACGUUAUACAAACCUGUACUGUGACUUGGAUAAUGUGUUUGCUCUGCUCUUUCAAGGCAGUAAGUCUGUGUG